GGUGCUUGGAGAAAUCACUCCGUAAUAUCAUUACGAUCGAUCAACUUUCCCAGAGAGAAUUUGGUGAUUUUUACGGAAAGAAAUAUUUAAAGUGAUACAAUAAUAAGGACAUUGAGGCUGGUUCUGGGACUAUCCCAAGCACGCGGACGGAUACAGAUGACAAGAGGCCAAAUACAAACCUUCUUAAUCUGGUUCCAUAUGUAGGAAUGGGAUUCGACCUCGGGCGCUUCUUAGGGGAGGUUAACGACGGUCUUCUGUGUUGUAUUUGCCGCGAUGUCCUAGAAGACCCAGUCCAAGCACCUUGCGAGCAUGCGUACUGUCGAAGGUGCAUCGAAGGAUGGCUUGCAAACGAAACAAGGUGCCCGGAAGACAGGAAGAACCUGUCGCUUUCGAACCUUAAACCUUUGUUCCGUUAUAUGAAGAACGAUCUGGACAACCUACAAAUUCGUUGUAUUAAUGUGACUCGGGGCUGCAGUCACGUAAGUUCGCUUGAGUUCCUUGCGACCCACGAGUCGGAGUGCCCCCGUGGUUCGGUUGAGUGCCCAAAUGGUAACUGUCCUCUCUCUGUGUCAAGAGAAGACCUGGCCAAGCAUUUAGAGGACUGUGGGUUUCGCGCCAAGGAAUGUCCGAAAGGCUACGGCAUACUGAUGGUCACACGGGACGACAAUGAACACAACUGUAUCUACGAGCUGAAAACCGCCAUGGAUAUCCUGCGCUCUGAGAUGUUCUGUAAGAUCGACGAACAGAAACGUGAAAUGGAACUGAGGCUGAACACUCAAAGGUGUCACAUGGUACAGAAAGAGUCCUCCAUGCAGGCUCAGGUGGAUGAGUUAAAGACCGAGGUUUCUAGACUUUCUCAAAAAAUAAAGCUUCUAAUGGAACUGGAGGUCAAGCGCCGACAAGACACAGAGAGAUUGGAACUUGAAAAGCGUGAGUUGAUGGACUUACUUCGCCGGAACCAGAACGAGACUAGAAAUACUUCCGGUGACAAGCGACCUUCAACUAGGAAAGUAACCGCACUGUAAAUGGAUAUGUUUUCCGUACUGUCUUAUUUUAAUGUGUGGUGUCUUGAUAAACACAAGUCCGAAGGAUUUUAUAGUGAUACAUGUAGCAUGACACAUGUAUUUCGUGUUAUCAAAUUUGAAAUACAUGUACUAUAUGUCCAAUCAAUAUUAAUAACUGUAUCAACAUUGUUUACAUAGCUUAGAAAUAUAUUAAUCAUGUUUUAUACAUGUUGCGUGAAAUCAUACCUGAACAUGCCAUUUAAUAAACACCAAAACAUGAACCUAUAAAGUAAGAAAGAAAGUGGGCGCUUAAGAUAUAGAUUCGGCAGGAAUCUGAGCGCACAAGGAGAGUGGAAAUUUCAUCAAAUAAUUUUGCACAUUUUUCGAAUUAUAUUAACCGCUAUUUGGUUUUUGUUGGACGUGGAAUGGGUAUAGAAAACAUGUUUGUAAUGCAAACGGUUGGUGGCAUAGAUCUGCCACCACUUGUCAGAUAGUUAUGUCGACUUGGCAGAUGAUUAUGUCGACUUGUCAGAUAUUUAUGUCAACUUGUCAGAUCUUUAUGUUGACUUGUCAGAAAAUAACCAUAUUGACUAGAAACUCAAUAUUUUGUUGUUAAAGCGUGUUAGUGCCACUAACUGCCAUUAACUGUCAUAAUAAUAUCUGACGAGUCGACAAAAAGAUCUGACAAGUUAAUAUGGCCACUAGUUUAAAGAAAUUUAUCAUUCAUAUUAUAAGCCAAGGUAUCAGAUAAUGAUGUUGACAUGUCAGAUAUUAGGUCGUCUUGUCAAAUAAUUAUUUCGACUUGUCAAAUAAUUAUGUCGACUUGUCAAAUAAUUAUGUCGACUUAAAACAUGCCAAUGUCGAUUUGUCAGAUCCUUAUGUAGAAUUGCCAGAAAAUAUUAUUUCAACUUAAUGGCACAAAUUGGGCGUGGAAAGGUUAAAGUGUUAAAUUUUUAUACACGUGGAUAAGUGACAAGUCGACUUAAAGAACUGAUAAGUUGACAUAAUUAUCUGACAAGUCCACAUAAUUAUCUGACAAGUGGACAUCAAUAUCUGACAAGUCGACAUAAUUAUCAGAGAAGUGAUGGCAGAUCUAUUCCACCAUAGGUUUUAUUAUAGUAUGGGUCUAAAUAUAUCGACACGAUGCAAUUCAUGCAAAAUCCUACUUAUUUAUAUCUAUUUUUAAAUGAUUUUAUUGUCUCUGGGUCCUCUCUCCACAAACUUGAAACGUGCACAGAUGCAAUAUUUUAACAGUGAAAAUGUUGCUUAAAAAAAAGAUGGAGUGAUGACCCAGAGAUGACUAUUUAUGUACUAUUCCAAAAAAAAUUUGGAGGAUAAAAACAAUUAAAGUCCAUUGAUAUGGCAAUGUUGUUUCAAAACACUUUAUACCGCACAUUAAUUUUGAAGUCACGCAUGGCUCAAUGGUCUGUCCUGGAUUAGUGAAUACAAACAUGCAGUGUUUGGGGUUCAAAUCCUACUGUUGACUACUUUUUUAUUUUUGUUAAAAACUUUUUUGUUUUUAAAUGUAUGUUGAAUGUAACAUUAUGUUGAAUUAUGGAAUACCGGUAUAUUUUAAUUUCCCUUUAUUGGUUUUUGCCGUAUUCAUGAACACUAUUUUCUGUUCUUAUAACUAGUUUAAUAAGAUGUACGAUAUAAGUGAAUUAAAAUACAUUAAUUAACAUUUCCAACAUAACUAAUUAUAUCGGUUUACCCUCUCAUUGACAUUUUUAGAAAGUUUGUGAGGUUUUUCUUUAUAGCCGGAAUGGACAUGUACAUCAACUUUCAAGUUUGAGUAAUUAAUUUUUGUUCAAACUUUCGAGGUUAUAGACAUUUAAAUCAAUAUUGAUUCGUGUCGAUGAUUCCUGCAAACUUAUAAUCUUGUGCGCCCAGUUUCUUUUAAAAUCCAUGACACGGGAUUUGCAGUUACUGUUAUCUUUACGGUUCAAAAGUUAUAGAGUUGUAUUUGACAACAGAGAAAAUGUUGUAAGCGUGAGCGCGAGUGUUCUUAUGCUGUGUUUACUUAAGGUGGCUCUAUACACCCACAGUUUAUUCCAAUUUUCAAUAGAAGACCAUAAAACAUAUACUUAUCAAAUAUUAAAACGAUGAUAUUGAUACUAUCGGUAUUUUUAAAAUGUUUUUUCGUGUUUUUGUAAAAUAAUUUUUAAUCAACAAAUUGAACGAUUUUCAUUGUCAUAUGAUGGACAUCUCCUUGAGACACAUAAGAAAAAAUAUUACAUUUCAUAAUAUUCAAAAAUUUUAUGUUGCAAAUAUUUUAGUAUUUCCCCAAAACAUAAUUGUUCAUAUCUUCUUACUCUGUUGAAAAAUCAUCUGAAAAAGCUGCUUGAUGUUAUAAGAAAAUGUAUUUCAAUGAAUGUGACAUAAAAAAUUGAAUGAAAAUCAUUGCAAAUAAAC